GGAGAGCAGAAACCAUUAAAGGAAGUUAUUGACAUUAGCUCAGGUGAUUCACACAGGACCGGGAUAAAACCAAUCUCCUUUGUGCGACAGGUCCUGUCGGUCUGUCUGUACCCUGAGCUCCUGCAUGAUGACACACUUCCUGUGGACGUCAGGCAGAGAGCCCAGAGGCUGCUGGGAGAGUGUGAUGGGGGCAGUGUGGGUUCAUACACAGACCCCUGUGGGCUGCCUCAUGUUCAGCGUAGCGUUGCAGAGUUCAUCACUGGUCGAGACGGAGGAGUGCCUUCCCAUCCCGACAACAUCUUCAUCUCUGCUGGCUCACAGAUAGCUCUGAAAGUGAUGCUAAAGCUGUUGGUGAGAGGGAAGGGUGUGUCCCAAACGGGUGUGUUGACCCCCCAGCCCUGCCCCCACACCCUGCCCAUGCUGCUGGAGGAGGUAGGGGCUGUCCUGGUGCCUUACCAGCUGAGUGAAGAGCAGGGCUGGGCCCUGGAGCCAGGGGAGCUGCACCGAGCCCUCACCGCCUCUAGAGGGCACUGCAGGCCCAGAGCGCUCUACAUCAGCAACCCUGGUAUCCCCACUGGUCAUGUACAGAGCAGGAAAUCUAUAGAAUGGGUGAUUCAGUUUGCUGCAGAAGAGAGGCUCUUCCUAUUGGUCAAUGAGGUGUAUCAGGACUGUGUGUAUGGGGAGGGCAUGGAGUUUAUGUCCUAUAAGAGGGUCCUGUUUGAAAUGGGUCAGCAGUACUCUGAGAUGGUAGAACUGGCCUCCUUUCACUCCAUAUCCAAUGGCAUCAUGGGAGAGUGUGGGCUGCGUGCGGGGUACAUGGAGCUAGUGAAUGUGGACCCAGCAGUGAUGGUGUUUGGUAAGACCCUCCUGUGUACUGACAUCAGUGCUCCCGUCACAGGACAGAUCGCCCUAGAAAUAAUGGUUAACCCUCCAAGACCUGGAGACCCCUCCCAUAGCAAGUAUACACAGGAGAUUCUGACCAAUCGGAUCACCCUGGCCCAGAAUGCUCAGCGGGCUUGGGAGUUUCUGAUUGGUCUUCCGGGGGUGAGCUGUCAGCCAGUGACGGGAGGUAUUUUUCUCUACCCCCGUCUGAGCCUUCCCCCUGAGGCAGUGGAACAGGCCAGGUCUGACGGACUGGAGGCAGACGUGCUAUACAGUCAGAGCCUACUCGAUGAGGAGGGUGUGUGUGUGGGAGCAGGGUGUGAAAAUGGGCAGAGAGAGGACAAAUACCACAUCAGACUGUGCGUGAUGACCCCCUCUGCCACUCUAGAGAAGGUCCUGGCAUGCCUCGGCUCGUUCCACCUGCACUUCCUGGACCAGUACUCCCUGGACCAGUACUCCCAGCAUGCUUAGGGACCGAGCGCCACAGUCUGCCACAGACAUCUCCAGGACAGGGAACUGGACGUUCUGAACGCAUUCUACUGGACAUAUACCAAAGAGAGAG